UAGAUUAGAAAAAAAAAAAAAACAAAGUUGCUAUUGGCAUGGUUGUCAGUGUGCUGUAUGGUAGUUGCAGUUUGUUUAUUAAGUUUGCCUGAAACUCAGUCAAUUCUGGCUUUCGAACAUUAAUUUAUUAGGGUCUGCAUUAGCAGGAUAUGAUAAAGAACGCAGUUCUGGACCUUCCCAUCAACAACUCUGGAGUGUAUUUUAAGUCAGCUGCUCUGCUUCAAAGAUCUCAAGGACUGACGCUGCAACACAAAGGAGAAUAAGAAAUGCAGAAUCUGUGUGCUACAAAUGGGAGAACAGAGCAGUGCUGUGGAGAGCACAGACGAAGACUGGAGUUGUUCUGCCAGGAAGAUGAGGCCUUUGUCUGUGUCCUGUGUGUUCCCAAACAUUCCAAACAUAGUUUUGUUUUCCUGCAUGAGGCAGUCAGUGUGUAUAAGGACAAACUAAAACCAGCCUUAUCAUCUCUACAGUUAAAAGUCAAGGAUCUAAAAGAUUUGCGAAAUGACAAUAAGGAGGAACUUCUGGACAUAGAAGAACAUGCCUGCAAUUUGGAACAAUACAUUACAUUACAGUUUGCAAAACUACACCAGUUUCUCAAUGACAAAGAACAAAAACUCAUUCAACAGCUUAAGAAUGAAGAGGCCAAAUUCCUGAAAGACAUGGAAGAAAAUCUUGAAUGCAUUAAAAUUACUGUUAUGGACACCCACAUGGCAGUGUCUGAAACCAGCAUGGAGCUCAAGAAAGAAGAAGGUGAGAGACUGAUAAAAGUGGAAGAAGAUUCUGAAGACAUUAAACAUUAUGCUGCAGUAAUUCAGGAAGUAAAAUCUGAAGAUAAUUUGAACCACAUAAAGCAGGAAAACAUUGACUUGUUAACAGUACCAGUACCCCUUGAGGAUGUUGCAGUCGCUUUUUCAGAAGAGGAGUGGAAGAUGUUAAGGAUACAAGGGAAGGAGCUUUGCAAGGAAGUGAUGGUGCAAAACUUUGAAAACCUUGUUUCAGUUGGUAAGAAACCCCAGUUACUUCAACCCUCAGAGAACCAACAGCAAGAUGUUCAGCCUGUGAUGGGCAUUGACAGGGUUCAUCUUACUCCUGCAUCACAGCUUCACUCAUUACAUAACCGUAGCAAGAACUCUGAAUGUGAUACAAGUCUUAUUGUACAGCAAAGUCCAGCAAUACAUCACAAAGUGGGUACACCAUAUAAAUGUGCUGAAUUUAAUAUGAGUUUCAUACCAAAGAGCCACCAAUCAAAACAAAAUACUCACAUGGCGGAAAGACCGUAUAAAUGUCCUGAAUGUGGUAAGAGUUAUAAAGGAAGGAGUGCUCUUCUGUAUCAUAAAACAACUCACACUGAGGGGAACCCAUAUAAAUGUAUGGAAUGCAGUGAGAGUUUCUUACAAAAGAAUGAUUUGCUAAAACAUCAAAAGACUUGCUUAGGGAAAACACCAUAUAAAUGUCCUGAAUGUGGCAAGUGUUAUAGAGGAAAGAGUUCACUUGUCUAUCAUCAAAAGACUCACACAGGGAAGAAGCCAUAUAAAUGUGCUGAAUGUGAUAAAUGUUUUUCAGAGAGCAGUCACCUGAUGCAGCACAAGACCAUUCACACGGGGGAAAAACCAUAUAAAUGCACUGAAUGCGGUAAAUGUUACAGACAGAGCAGUGCUCUUCAGUAUCAUAAAAAGACACACACGGGGGAGAAGCCAUUUAAAUGUACUGAAUGCAGUAAGUGUUUUACACAUCAGAGUGGUCUUCUGUAUCACCAAAGGACUCACACAGGGGACAAACCAUAUAAAUGUGCAGAAUGCGGUAAGAGUUUUUCACAAAGUAGUGAUAUGAUACGUCAUCAUGCUAUUCACACAGGGAAGAAACCAUAUAAAUGUACUCAGUGUGGUAAAUGUUUUUCACAGAGUAGUAUAUUAAUGCGCCAUCAGAUCAUUCACACAAGAGAGAAACCGUAUAAAUGUACUGACUGUAGUGAGAGUUUCGCAAGACAAAGUAACCUGAAAGCCCAUCAACAGUUUCACUCGGUGGAGAAACUCUUAGCAGAUAUCAAAGAUUGGAAGAAAGCAGAAAUGCAGAAUCUGUGUGCUACAAGUUGGAGAACAGAGCAGUGCUGUGGGGAGCACAGACGGAGACUGGAGUUAUUCUGCCUGGAAGAUGAGACCUUUGUUUGUGUCCUGUGUGUUCCCAGACAUACCAGCCACAGUUUUGUGCUCCCACAAGAGGCAGUUACUGUUUAUAAGGACAAACUAAAGUCUACGUUGUCAUCUCUGCAGUUAAAAGUCAAUGAUCUUAAAAAAUUACAAAAUGAUAAUGUGAAGGAAUUCCUGGACAUAGAAGAACGUGCUUGCAGUUUGGAACAAUACAUUACAUUACAGUUUGCAAAAGUGCACCAGUUUCUACAUGACAAAGAGCAAAAACUCAUUCAACAACUUAAGAAUGAAAAGGCAAAACUUCUGAAAGAGAUGGAAGAAAAUCUUGAAUGCAUUAAAAGUGAUGUCAUGGGCAGCCAUACAGUAGCGACUGAUGACAACUUGGAGCUCAAGAAUGGAGAUUUGGAGAAUGUGAUAAAAAUACAAGAAAAUUCUGAAGACAUUAAAAGUUGUGCUGUGGUUACUCAGGAGGUAGAAUCAGUUGAUAAUUUGAAGAUCAUAAAACAGGAAGCCACGGAGUCAUUAACAGUAGCAGUAACCUUUGAGGAUGUUGCCGUCAUUUUCUCAGAAGAGGAAUGGGAAAUGCUAAGAAAAGAAGACAAGGACCUUCACAGGGAAGUGAUGUUACAGAACUAUGAAACUCUGGUUUCAAUCGGUGGGAAACCCUUAUUACAUCACCUGACGGAGAAACUGCAGCCAUGUGCUCACCCUGUACCACACCAUCGCUCAGGGCAUAACUUCAGCAAAAGCCUGGUGGGUAAUAGUGAAACACUUCCAUUACAUCACCUACCAGAGAGCCUGCAGCAGUGUGCUCAGUCUGAGAAGGACUCCAACAAGCUCCAUGUCCCUCAUAUAUCCCAGCUUCACUUGGGAUAUACCUGCAGCCAGAGCACUGAAUGUGAUGAUCAAAUGUGUAAGGUACAUCAAUCAAUAGAGAACCUGCAGCAGUGUGCUCAACCUGUGAGCGGCUCUGAUAAGGUUCAUCUCAAACUUUUACCACACCAUCGCUCAGGACAUAACUUCAGCAGGAACCCAGUGGGUGACUGUAAAACAACCCCGUUCCAUCGCCCACCAGAGAACGUGCAGCUGUGUGCUGAGCCUGUGAACAGCUCUGACAAGAUUCAUCUCACUCCUGUAUCACAGCUUCACUCAGGACUUAAGUGCAACCAGAACCUUGAAUCUGACAAAUGUUUUAUUGUACAGCAAAGGUCAGUAAUGCAUGAAAGGUUUCAAAGAGAGGAGAAACCAUAUGAAUGUACUGAAUGUAGUGAGAGUUUCAUACAAAAGAAUGUUUUUCUAAAACAUCAAAAGUCUUGCUUUGGAGAAACACCAUAUAAAUGUCCUGAGUGUGGAAAGUGUUAUAAAGGAAGGAGUUCUCUCCUGUAUCAUAAAAAGACUCACUCAGGGAAUAAACCUUACAAAUGUGCUGAAUGUGGGAAGUGUUAUAGUGGAAAGAGUGCUCUUACUCAUCAUCAAAGAUCUCACAGUGGGGAGAAACCAUUCAAAUGUACUGAAUGCAAUAAGUGUUUUACACAUCAGAGUGGUCUUGUGUAUCAUAAAAGGACACACAUGGAGGAGAAGCCAUAUAAAUGUACUGAAUGUGGUAAAGGUUUUUCAAAUAAAAGUAACUUGAAAUCCCAUGAAGCCAUUCAUGCAGACAAGAAACCAUACAAGUGUGCUGAAUGCAGUAAGUGUUAUAGAGGAAGAAGUGGUCUCCAUUAUCAUGAAAUAACCCAUUUUGAGAAGAAAAGAUGUGAAUGUUCAGAGUGCAGUAAGUGUUAUAAACAUAGUAGGGCUCUCCAACUUCAUCAGAAUAUAUGCUCAGGAGCAAAACCAUAUAAAUGUCUUGAAUGCAAUAAGUGUUUUUCAUGUAAUCGCACUCUGUUACAACAUCAGUCUAUUCACACAGGGAUAAAACCGUAUAAAUGUCUUGAAUGCGGUAAGAGUUUUUCAUGUAACAGCACUCUGUUACAACAUCAGUCUAUUCACACAGGUGUGAAACCGUAUAAAUGCACUGAAUGUGGUAUGUGUUUCUCACAAAAAGGUAAUCUUAAAACACACCAUCGUGUACACACGGGGAAUAAACCAUACAAGUGUGCUCAGUGCAGUAAGUGCUUUUCACAAAAAAGCAUUUUAAUGUGCCAUCAGGUCAUUCACACAAGAGAGAAUCCCAGGCCCAGAUGCAGUACCUAACUUCUGGUUAAAAGUACUAACAUCUAUGGGCGCCCUAUUACUCUGUCGCAGAUACAGGUUGUCAAAUGCGUCUUUGUCGAACUGAAAAGCGCGAAAAGGCAAAAUA